GGGAGUGUCUGCUCGCGGCCGCCGGUCGGUCCCCGGGCUGCGGCCGCCGCUCGCCGUGCCGCCGCCGGGGCAGGGGAGUUCACCGAAGAUCGGCGGUCAGAACCAGCCCAGCGUUCCCGCCGGUACUCGGGGCAUCCGCUCCCGGGGACUCACCGCCCUGACCUGUGCUGGAACGGGAGUUGCCGCCGCGUGUGGAGCGGCGGGAGCAGCCCCAGCCCCCAUUCCCCUCCCCGACCCCCUCUUUCUACCGCCCCAGCCAUGGGGAACGCGGCUACCGCCAAGAAAGGCAGCGAGGUGGAGAGCGUGAAAGAGUUUCUAGCCAAAGCCAAAGAAGACUUCUUAAGAAAAUGGGAAAAUCCUGCUCAGAAUAAUGCUGGCCUGGAAGAUUUUGAAAGGAAGAAAACCCUCGGAACAGGUUCAUUUGGAAGAGUCAUGUUGGUGAAACAUAAAGCCACCGAACAGUAUUAUGCCAUGAAGAUCUUAGAUAAGCAGAAGGUUGUUAAACUGAAGCAAAUAGAGCAUACUUUGAAUGAGAAAAGAAUAUUACAGGCCGUGAAUUUUCCUUUUCUUGUUCGACUGGAGUAUUCUUUUAAGGAUAAUUCUAACUUAUAUAUGGUUAUGGAAUAUGUCCCUGGGGGUGAAAUGUUUUCACAUCUAAGAAGAAUUGGAAGGUUCAGCGAACCCCACGCACGGUUCUAUGCAGCUCAGAUAGUGCUAACGUUCGAGUACCUCCAUUCACUAGACCUCAUCUACAGAGAUCUGAAACCCGAGAAUCUCCUAAUUGACCACCAAGGUUAUAUCCAGGUCACAGACUUUGGGUUUGCCAAAAGAGUUAAAGGCAGGACUUGGACAUUAUGCGGUACUCCAGAAUAUUUGGCUCCGGAAAUAAUCCUCAGCAAGGGCUACAAUAAGGCAGUGGAUUGGUGGGCGUUGGGAGUGUUAAUCUAUGAAAUGGCAGCUGGCUACCCCCCAUUCUUUGCAGACCAGCCAAUUCAGAUUUAUGAAAAGAUUGUUUCAGGAAAGGUCCGAUUCCCAUCGCACUUCAGCUCAGAUCUCAAGGACCUUCUCAGGAACCUUCUGCAGGUGGACCUGACGAAGCGGUUUGGAAAUCUAAAGAAUGGUGUGAGUGAUAUAAAAACUCACAAGUGGUUUGCCACGACUGAUUGGAUUGCCAUUUACCAGAGGAAGGUUGAAGCUCCAUUCAUACCAAAGUUCAGAGGUUCUGGAGAUACCAGCAACUUUGAUGACUAUGAAGAAGAAGAUAUCCGUGUCUCUAUAACAGAAAAAUGUGCAAAAGAAUUUUGCGAGUUUUAAAUAUGAGCAACAAGAUGACAUCAGAACUCACUCUCAGUCUUUGCACUCUGUUGAGAGAGAGGGUGGAGCUGAGACAGUCCUUGUUGAAGCAGUUACCUAGUUCCUUCAUCACAGCGACUGAGUGAGGCCUUGACUGCCAUCCUCUGUGUGCACUCUGCGUCCUCCUGUGUCACAAGGCACCGCUAAGCGGCCAUCGUCUGUGCCAUCACACAGAACUAGGCACUCUCCUGCUUCUCUUUGGUUCGCCUUUCUCCUCCGCACCUGCAUCCUUUUUCUUCCUUUUUCAUUCAUUAGUCUCUCUCCAAACAGUGCUUCAUUUUAUUUUGUUGGUGUUUGAAAAGGGCAGUGUUGUGGCUGCGUGAUAUUUGAAGGGAAGGAUAGUGUUCCUUCUAGUAGUUCUUGCCAAUAUUUGUGUUGGUCCAUGGCUCAAAGAUAUACUUUCUGAUCGUAGUUUUUACUUUGAGUAGUUCAGACUCAGUUUUGCCAGAACUCUUGACAGUUUUUGAAGAUAGAAUGUUUUAUUGUCAUGGAAAUGUAUACAAAUUAAAAAAUAACUCUCAAAAUUCACUGUUCUGGCAUUAAAUGUGGAUGGACUAAUAUGAAGUAGCUAGACACAACAACGUAGAUUCCUAUAGAUCAAAAGUUCUAUUUCCCUCACUUCUUUUUAUAUCCUCCUCCCCUCAAGUAAUUAAGUGACCCGCCUGUACAUUGUGACAAGCGUGUCUCAUUCACAGGAAAAACCAAUGGUGUGGGUUGUGAUCACCUAGACUGUCCCCUGGUGUCCGCAUUUCUGUAGGUAUUAGCGAAGAGUUCUCAGAUUUCUAAAUCUUGACUCUUCCAUAAGGGUUUUAGCCAGUAUUUUAAUAAAACAUGACUAAUGAAGUGACAAAAUUUUAAGUUUCCCAAAUAAGUCCUCAUUGUAAACUUUUUAAAGGGAAAGAAACUAAAAAAGAACAUUAAUGUGGACAAAUACUUUGUUAAAUCAAACAAAUGGCUUAAUGCUUGUGAACAGUUCAGACAGGCCCUUAUUUAAAUGAGGGUGUUCGUUUGUUUUUGCUCUGUUAUGUUUUGUCAGAGUUCAGAGCAAAGGAAGUCCUGGCCAGGUUAUCAUUCCAGUGCACUACACUGUGUGUCUGGCUGAGGUGGGGGCUCCGGUGGGGCUCCGGUGAGACUCCAGCUGUUAUCCUGUGCCGCACGGUGAGGAAAGGGACAAACUUGAUACAACUGCCACAAUUGCGUUUUCAUUUGAGGUGUGGUAUUUUCAGAUACAUAACAAUUUCCAGCCUCUUUUCUCUCAGUAAACAGAAUGUGCAGAAUGUGUGAUCAUUGGAGCUUAGUUUUUUUAUGUAUUCUUUUGCCAACUGACUUAAUAACAUUACGGUCACGUAGAAAUUUCAGGCACUUUUGCACACUUAGUUUAGUGUUUGUUGAGAAUCCAUAGCUUAACUCAGUUUUUUAAAAUAUUUUUAUCUUUGCUUUUAAAUCUUCCCAUCUGGUUUUUUCUCUGUGAGUCAGUGACCUAUCUUAAAAGAACCCACCAAAAUAGUUGAAAAUAAACUGGCUCAUUUUUUAUGAUCCAUUUACAUGCAUAUGAGGUGUAGUUUUUAAUCACACUGAUCUUAAUGUAUGCAAGCAUUUCAUCUGCUUCAUUACCGGUGCGGGCAGAGCACCGACCCUACUUCCUUUCAUCUCCACCACACCCUUGUAAAUCCUUUGGAGACACUGAAAAAGCCUGUCUGAGAUGUUCUCUGGAUCGAUUGGUACAUCUUUUGGUUGUCAAGUGUUUCUGCAUGGUUAUGUCAUUUAUAAGCUGGUACUGAUUUCAGCUUUUGGUCCACCUAUAUUUAAAAUGUGCAAAAAAAAAUGAACUACUUUGCUGUAGCAAGUUUUGAUGUAACAAAAAUAUAUCAUCAUGUUCAUAAACUUAUAUCGUUUGUAUAAAAUAUUUUAAUUAGGUUUUUUUUGUAUUUCAUUUAGACCCAAGAACACGCUGAUCAUUGUAUUCUAUAUGUAUGCUACAAAUUCUAUGGGAGCUUUGUUGUAUAUUACUGUAAAAUUAUUU